AUGCCCUCUGCCGUUCCAAAGGAGAUGCCGUGGCCAACCGAGAAUUCCCGAGGUUACAAGAUCCCCGAGCAAGUUUACGGCACACUCAAACCUAUCAAGGUCAUCGCAAUCGGCGCCGGUAUAUCUGGCAUCAGUCUAGCGCAUGACGUUCAGGAAAACGGAGAGAAUAUCGACCUCACAAUCUACGAGAUGGGACCCUCCGUCGGUGGCACUUGGUUCUGGAAUAGUUAUCCCGGCUGCAGGUGCGACAUCCCGGCAGUGAACUAUACGUUCUCCUGGUCCCCAAAAGCGGACUGGUCUGAGUUUUACGCGAGCUCUCCUGAAAUAUGCGAGCAUUUCCAAGAUGUAGUUGACAAGUACGGUUUGAUGAAAUAUAUACACCUCCAGCAUGAGGUUGUCAGAGCUGAAUGGUUUGAUGAUGUCAAGAAAUGGCAGAUUGUCGUCAGAGGGCCGGACGGCUCUUUGUUUGACGACGAAUGCGACGUAUUCAUCAACGGUGGAGGAAUUCUCAAUACGUGGAAGUGGCCGGCCAUAGAGGGUCUGCACGACUUCAAGGGCACGCUUUGUCAUACAGCGCGAUGGCCUAAAAAUCUCGACAUUACUGGCAAGCGCGUAGCGGUCUUAGGCUCAGGAUCCUCGGGUAUUCAACUUCUCGCAUCCAUUCAACCCAAAGCCGGACAUAUUCACCACUGGAUACGUUCACCCACUUGGAUCACGUCCGCUUUUGCUCAGCAGUACGCCGGUCCAGGGGGGCGAAACUUCUCAUAUACGGAGGACCAGAAGAAUGUCUUCGCGGACGAUCCGGAACAUUAUCUGAAGUAUCGAAAGAUGAUUGAGUCUGAACUCAAUCAACGGUUCAAGUUCGUUGUUCUUGGGACUCCGGAGCAGGAGGCCGCCCUUGCCUACGCUACCAAACACAUGCACGACAUCCUCGACGGGAAUGAGCGCCUCAAAAAUGCCAUUAUACCGAAGACAUUCAGUGUUGGAUGUCGUCGACCGACACCGGGCAAUGGCUAUCUCGAAGCGCUCCUCCAACCGAAUGUCCAGGUAUAUACUGAUAUGCUGCAACGGAUCACGGAGAGAGGUUUCAUCGACGCCGACGGAGUUGAGCAUGAAGUGGACGUCUUCAUCUGUGCGACUGGUUUCGACACGUCGUACCGACCUCGCUUCCCCGUCUUUGCCAAUGGCGUAAAUCUUCAAGACAAAUGGAGAACCUAUCCUAAUGAUGCGUAUAUGUCCAUUGCAGUGAAAGACUUUCCGAACUAUUUUACGUAUUUUGGGCCACACGGUCCCGCAGGCCACGGCUCCACAGUACCCCUAAUUGAAGCUUACACCAAAUGUUUCCUACGUGUCCUCAAGAAGAUGCAGACCGAGAACAUCACCACUAUGUCAAUACGACCACGAGCCUGUGAUGAUUUUAACGAGCAUAGGGAACUGUACCUUAAGCGGACAGCUUGGUCCGGUAACUGCAGCUCUUGGUUCAAGCCCGGUAACAAGAACGCGAGUCCAGCAAUGUUCCCUGGAAAUCGUAUACUGAUGAUUGAGAUGUUGAACAAUUUCCGAUGGGAGGAUUGGGACUACGAGUAUGGAUAUGCAGGCAACCGCUUUGGAUAUUGGGGCAACGGCUUCACAUCGCGAGAACUUGAUGGACGCGAUACGACUUUCUACUACGGCUUAUUGAACGGGAAAGACGAACAGCCUGACUACUCGGACAUACGUCCGCUGUAUACAUCGUCUAGUUGACCGUUCGAGCUCGUCAUACAUUAAGUAUAUGUAUUAAUCAUGGACUUCCACCUCUGCGCUGUCUAAGACAUAUGGAUAAAUCACCGUAUAUUUAAGGUGUUU